AUGAUAAGACAUUUACUGGACAACGUGGUGGAGCGCGGGAUGCCGCACCAUUAUUCCACUGAGAUGUGGGAGCGCACGCACAAGGGCACGGUCAAGGGUCCAGUUAGAGGGAGCAACUGGAGCGACAUUCCGCGCCGAAUCGUGGAGGAGGAGGUGCAGAGAGAGGUGUACCGUGAGGUGGCUGCAGACGCCGGCGGUGGGUGGCAGUAUGCGUCUGCAUUGCGCGAGGUUGCGGCUUGUUGUGGGAACGUGGUUGUACACGUGCAGGCAAUCAAGACGAGGAAACCGGUGCUUACAAAGAAGUAUCGGAUCAUGCGCAUAGGCGGGGCGUCGGAUCCGGUGUACGAUGAGUACACAGCCGCGCUUGGAGACGAGAUGAAGGGGAUGGCCGCGGAGUUUAAGGCGUUGGACCUGGCUACCAACAACGUGCAGGUCCACACCGCGGUGGCCAUUCCGCGCACAAGAGGCGGCGAGCUGGUGGCCAAAGGGACGUUUGUGAAGGCAUCUCCACGAGAGAGGUGGUACUCGAACGUGGCACUUCUGAACAACAAGAAGGGGGACUGGUAUGCAAGAUGUCUGUGCAUCUUCAGGGCGCUUGACCGUGAUGGGGAGUGGAAGGGAUACGCAUACGUGAGGUACUACGAGAGGGCGGGAAGCUGCAAGCUUACAGGGUGCACGCAGCUGCACAAGAAAGUGGAGAAGGUGAGGUAUUCGGUGGUGGAGCUGGGCAGCCUGCAGAGAGUUGUGCACGUGUGCCCGUCGUACAGCAACAACAAGGGACUGCUGGCUACUGCGCACCCGGACGAUGUGUUCUGCUUCCACGAGAUUAAUUUUCUUCCGAGCCGCCUCCCGAAGACAUACAUUCCAGACAAGCGUAAUGUUUGCGAGCGGAUUGUCAGCAUCGGCAUUCUUUACAACGCGACGGGCAGUUGUUCCGCGGUGCCACUGGUGGUCCUAUCGCCGUACGAUAGGCCCGAGCGCAGGCGGGGGCGCGCGGCAUCGCGCAUGGUGGCAGUCCGAUAUACGCACCGCGGCCGGUUGACUCCGGAGGUGUUCACGGAGUUUGUGGAGACUGUCAACGGUGUGCACUUUAGUCGUGAUCGCAACACACUCAUCCUAACCAUACACGAGGCGCAUCGCAUCACCGACGAGGUCGCGCGCCCCGUCUCGGAGCACGGCUUCAGUGUGCAGCACCUCACCAACACCCGUGUCGUCAACAUACGUGGGUCGGUUCCCGAAGGGGGCCUUCCGCACCUGCAGGGAGUGGAGGACGCGCUGAAGGCCCAUUACAGCGUUAUGCUGAUGAAGCGGGCGAUCGCGGCGAAGCGGUUCCAGUUCGACUAUCGCCGACGUGGACUACGGACUCAUGCUGGAGUGGCUGGGGGAAUCGUGGACCCGUGUGCGCGCUGCAACCAUGCAGAGGAGCUGGUGGCGCGCCGGAUGCGUGCCGCCGAGCUGGCCGCCGCUGAUGGCUUUAAGAUGAGGCCUGCGUGCUACAUGACGGCGGCGGAGUUCGUCAACUGCGACGCGGGGCUCUGCUUGGAGCAGGGGUUCGUUGCCACACCUGCUGCAAGCGCGUUGGAUGACUCGUCGGGCGAGAUGAGCCUGCCAGACGGCCCGCUGCUGCGGGACGAGCGCAGCAGGCGGCGCGUCAUUUGCAACGUCACAAACGCGUACGUGGAGCGUGCCGAUGAGCUCGGCAUUCCCCCGGCCCUCGUGCCAACAGAGGUCGGCGCAUCUAACCAGGAGGUGAUUUCCCGCCUCGGCAGGACGCCAGUUAAGCGUGCGCGAGCGGGGCUGCGCACGGAGGACAUGGCAGGCCCUUCGGAGCGCAAGGACGAGGACGACGAGUGA